AUGUCCCAGCACCUGCUUCUCCCACUUGUGAUCCUUGCCAUGAGCCCCAUCCCAGGAGCCUUCCAGGACUCAGCUCUCAGUCCUACCCAAGAAGAACCUGAAGAUCUGGACUGCGGUCGCCCUGAGCCCUCUGCCCGAAUCAUGGGGGGCUCAGACGCGCAGCCGGGCAGCUGGCCGUGGCAGGUGAGCCUGCAUCAGGGCGGGGGCCACAUCUGCGGGGGCUCCCUCAUCGCCCCCUCCUGGGUCCUCUCGGCCGCUCACUGUUUCGUGACGAACGGGACCUUGGAGCCCGCGGCCGAGUGGUCGGUAGUGCUGGGCGUGCACUCCCACGACGGGCCCCUGGAAGGCGCGCACGUCCGCGCGGUGGCCGCCAUCCUGGUGCCGGACAACUACAGCGGCGUGGAAUGGGGUGCCGACGUGGCCCUGCUGCGCCUGGCCUCUCCCGCCAGGCUGAGCCCCACCGUGCGGCCCGUCUGCCUGCCCCGCGCCUCGCACCGCUUCGCUCACGGCACCGCCUGCUGGGCCACGGGUUGGGGGGACGUCCAGGAGGACGACCCCCUGCCUCUCCCCUGGGUGCUACAAGAAGUGGAGCUAAGGUUGGUGGGAGAAGCUGCCUGUCAGUGUCUCUACAGCCGGCCUGGUCCCUUCAAUCUCACUUUCCAGCUAUUGCCAGGGAUGCUGUGUGCUGGCUACCCAGAGGGCCGCAGGGACACCUGCCAGGGAGACUCUGGGGGGCCCCUGGUCUGCAAGGAAGGUGGCCGUUGGUUCCAGGCGGGAAUCACCAGCUUUGGCUUUGGCUGUGGACGGAGGAACCGCCCCGGAGUCUUCACUGCUGUGGCUCCCUAUGAGGCAUGGAUAAGGCAACAGGUGUUGGGCUCAGAGCCUGGCCCUGCCUUUCCCACCCAGUCCCCGGAGCUCCAGUCAGGUCUCCCCGAGCCCACAGAUGAGAACUGCACCAUCGCCCUGCCCGAGUGCGGGAAGGCCCCGAGGCCAGGGGCCUGGCCCUGGGAAGCCCAGGUGAUGGUCCCAGGAUCCAGACCCUGCUAUGGGGCACUGGUGUCUGAAAGCUGGGUCUUGGCACCUGCCAGCUGCUUUCCGGGCCGCAUCAGCUCAGACCUCCCACCCCGCGACCUGGACGACUGGCGCGUGAUGCUGCCCUCGCGCCCGCGCGCGGAGCGGGUGGCACGCCUCGUGCCGCACGAGAACGCCUCGUGGGACGAUGCCUCGAACCUGGCGCUGCUGCAGCUGCGCUUGCCCGUGAACCUGAGCACGGCCCCGCGGCCAGUGUGCCUACCCCACCCAGAACACUAUUUCCUGCCUGGGAGCCGCUGCCGCCUGGCUCGCUGGGGCCACACGGAACCAGCGACCGGAGCCGGUUCGCUGCUUGAGGCGGAGCUGUUGGGCGUCUGGUGGUGUCAUUGCCUGUACGGCCGCCAGGAGGAGUCAGUGCCGCCGCCGGGAGAGCCGCCGCUAGCUCUCUGCCCCGCCUACCUGGAGGAGGAGGUGGCGGGCCGCUGCUGGAACUACUCCCAUUGGAGCCUUCUAUGCCGGGAAGAGGGGACCUGGUUUCUGGCUGGAAUCAGAGACUUACCCAGUGACUGCCUGCGUCCCAGAGCCUUCUACCCGCUGCAGACCCACGGCCCAUGGAUCAGCCAUGUGACUCGGGGAGCCUACCUGGAGGACCAGCUGGCCUGGGACUGGGGCCCUGAGGGGGAGGAGACUGAGACAGAAACUUGUCCGCCUCACACAGAGCAUGGCGCCUGUGGACUGCGGCCAGAGCCGGCUGGGAUGGGGGCCCUGUGGCCCUGGCUGGCAGAGGUGCAUGUAGCUGGAGAGCGAGUCUGCACUGGGAUCCUCGUGGCCCCAGGCUGGGUCCUGGCAGCCACUCACUGUAUCCUCAGGCUGGGCUCUACAACAGUGCCUUAUAUUGAAGUGUACCUGGGCCGGGCUGGGGCCAGCCCCCUCCCACGGAGCCACCAGGUAUCCCGGCUGGUCAUCAGCAUCCGCCUGCCCCGGCACCUGGGACUUCGGCCCCCGCUGGCCCUCCUGGAGCUGAGCUCCCGGGUGGAGCCCUCCCCAUCAGCCUUGCCCAUCUGCCUUCACCCAGGGGGUACUCCCCUGGGGGCCAGCUGUUGGGUGCUGGGCUGGAAGGACCCCCAGGACCGAGUCCCUGUGGCUGCUGCUGUCUCCAUCUUGACACCACGACUCUGUCACUGCCUCUAUCAGGGCAUUCUGCCCCCUGGAACUCUCUGUGUCCUGUAUGCAGAGGGGCAGGAGGAUAGGUGUGAGGUGACCUCAGCACCUCCGCUCCUGUGCCAGACUGAGGAAGGCUCCUGGGUCCUCGUGGGCAUGGCUAUUCGAGGCAGCAGGGAGCUAUUUGCCUCCAUCGGACCCGAAGAGACCUGGAUCUCCCAGACAGUAGGGGAGGCGCAUUUCCUGCCCCCCAGUGGCUUCCCCCACUGGCUCCCAGAAGGCGGCGACCUCUGUCCCCCUGACAUGGCCAGGGCCUCAGGUUCCCCUCGAGCUGCUCUUUUCCUGCUGCUACUGUCCCUCCUGAUCCAGGGCUGAGAGGGCCUGGGUCCCAGGGCCACCUCCCCUUCACCUCCCCCACCCCCUCCAGCCCUCUACUUCCCACCUGGUGGGGCUGGAAUGUGGCCCAACCGGCUCUGUUCCCUUACCCAGAACCUCCAGAGCGCCCCACCCACCUAGACUGCAGCGGCUUCAGACAAUUGGGCCUCAGUGCCCAGCUAUUUUGGGCCCUGGCAUGCUUGAGGGCAGGGGGAGCCAGCAGACCACAAAGGUGUAAACAGAGACACAGGUGGCCUUGUGGCACUGCUGGGGGCAGGCUGAGGGACCGGGGGAAGCCCCUGGGAGAGGGCCUCUCCCUCCUGGGCCUCUUUGAGUCAGGCCUUGGGCUCCCUCCCAGAAAAUGUAUCCCUGAUAAUGUGGCAUCUGUCCCUCAUUCCUGCCCCAGGGUGGGGGAGGUCGAGUGGCCAGCUGGGUGUGUGUCACCUCCCCAGUGGAAUCAGCAUCCCCAGCACACACCUGCUGGACACCUCAGCCCUAGCUCUCUUGGACCCUGCCGCCCAUCCCCCCAGAGCAAGAAGGACUGAGGGUGAGGGUCAGAGGAAGGGU